CGGGGUCUUGUCGUUCUGACAACGUGUCGUGGCGUCAUCAGCGGGCGUCGGUCUAAGCGCAGACACAUGUGCCGUCUUCAUGUGAUGUUCUCGACAAAAUAUUAAUCAAAUUGAAUUAAUUAGCGCUGAUUCUCCAACACAUCAUGGAGUACAUGCAAGCCCCGCCAUCAAGCAGCCAAGGCAAUAUCCUUUGCUGUACAUGUGGCGUACCCAUUCCUCCAAACCCAGCCAACAUGUGUGUCUCCUGCUUAAGGACUCAAGUGGACAUCUCAGAAGGAAUUCCCAAGCAAGUGUCCGUCCACUUCUGCAGGCAGUGUGAACGGUACCUGCAGCCUCCGGGCACGUGGGUCCAGUGCGCUCUGGAGUCUCGGGAGCUUCUGGCUCUGUGCCUUAAGAAACUUAAGUCCUCCAUGGCAAAGGUGAGACUUAUUGAUGCUGGCUUCUUAUGGACCGAACCCCAUUCUAAAAGAAUCAAGAUAAAGCUGACCAUCCAGAAGGAGGUCAUGAAUGGAGCCAUUCUGCAGCAGGUGUUUGUGGUGGAGUUUGUCAUUCAGGCUCAGAUGUGUGAGGACUGCCAUCGGGUGGAGGCCAAAGACUUCUGGAAAGCAGUCGUGCAAGUCAGACAGAAGACAGUCCACAAAAAGACAUUUUACUACUUGGAGCAGCUGAUUUUGAAGCACAAGCUGCAUCAGAACACAGUGCGCAUCAAAGAGAUUCAUGAGGGCAUUGAUUUUUACUACGCCUCUAAGCAGCAUGCCCAGAAGAUGGUGGAUUUCUUGCAGUGUACAGUUCCCUGCAGGUCGAAGACGUCUCAGCGGUUGAUUUCUCACGAUGUUCACUCCAAUACCUACAACUACAAAAGCACCUUCUCAGUGGAGAUUGUUCCUGUGUGUAAGGAUAACGUGGUUUGUCUGUCCCCACGUCUCGCCCAGAGUCUGGGUAACAUGGGUCAGGUGUGCGUCUGCAUCCGGGUCACCAGCUCUAUACACCUGAUUGACCCCAACACCCUGCAGAUUGCUGAGGUGGAUGGAAACACAUACUGGCGUCACCCGUUCAACAGUCUGUGUAGCCCGCGUCAGCUAGAGGAGUUCAUCGUCAUGGACAUUGACAUUAUCAGAGAUCAGCGGUUGGGAGCCGGCGCUGGUCUCAAAUCCAAUAAGCACACGUUGGCUGAGGUUUGGGUUCAGAAGACGUCAGAGAUGGACUCUAAUCAUCAGUAUCACUGCAGAACUUUUCUGGGUCACCUGCUGAACAUCGGAGAUCUGGUGCUGGGCUUUGAUUUUGCCAAUGCUAAUAUCAAUGAUGAGUUCCUCAAUAAGAUGAACCCUCAUCAUGUUCCUGAUGUGGUGCUGAUAAAGAAGAGUUAUGACCGCAUGAAGAGGAUGAAGAACAGAGUGUGGAAGCUGAGAGAGCUGGACAGAGAGAGAGACGCUACUGACACCGAUGAUGAGAGACAAUACAAUGAAUUCCUGGAGGACCUGGAGGAAGAUGAGAUGCUGAGGAAGAACGUCAACAUCUUCAGAGAUGUUUCAAAGAUCCCUGUGGAAAGUGACACGGAUGAUGAUGGCGCUCCUAGGAUCUCUCUAGCAGAAAUGUUGGAGGAUCUGAGCCUGGAUGAUGCCACAGGUGGAGAAGGAGCUGAUAUGAUGACUGAUUAAUGAACAACACCACAGAUCAGGGCAGGCGUUAGACAUUUGUAAAGGAUAAAAUGAACACUGUCAUGUUCAUUACUCUGUCUUUAAGAGAAUUGCAUUUUCUAAUAUGUUGGUGCAGUGAUGCAGCACUACAAGAAAUAAAAUAUUUAAACCCUGUCUCUAUACGACAGGUGGUUGAAAAAUAAGAGGGAUGGGUGACCCGAAAAUGAAAAUGCUGUCAUUUACUCAUCUUCACGUCAUUAAUAACCUAAUGACUUCCUUUGUUCUGCUGAAUAGAAAAUGAGAUGUUUAAUGAACAUCUAGUUGGUUGAAUUUUGAAAAAUUAGAAUAAAUAAUUGCAGACUUACUUAUGGAUCAUGCAUAGAUCAUUGUUUGGAAGUGUAGUCUGUUGGUCACCUUCUCAAAAAGGACAGCAUGAAUUUCAUACCGAUUUGCAUCAAAUUUGGACUGGUAGUUUCUACAGAUAUGGUCUGCAUUUUUGCUGCUUCUUGGUAGGAAUGUAAAGCCCACCCAACAACAGUUUCAGUGGUGUGGUUUUGAAGGUUUCUUGAGCAUUCUGCCUUUUCUGUGCACAACCAUAUGUAACACUUCUAUAAAAAUUGAGAAGAUCA